AUGAGAUUCUCCGCCGCCCUCUCCGUCGCGAUCCUCGCCUCAACAGCUUGCGCCGCACCAGUCGACACGGAACAACACCCCCUGAAAUUCCCUUCAGUUGUCUCAAAAGCCCCCACUGUCGCGGCUGGCACAGCAGCGCCUCCAGCAGCCACAUCGGAUCCCAGCAGCAGCGGCAGCAGCAGCAACACAUCGCCGGCGUCCAACAUCAUCGCAUCCGCUUGGAAACAAAUCUUUGGCGACAAGGAAGGUGAAGAAGAUCCGAACCUCGGGAGGGCGUGCUUUUGCGCCAAUGGUUCGAUUUGCUGCAAUACCUCGGAAGGCCUCGACUGCACACAGGGCUUGUGCGGGUUGCAAGAGCACCCGCUAUGCCCCGAUUACAAACCGGGGCGGAUCCCGUAUCACGACCCACCUCUCACCGAUCCGGAGCGCUACAUGCCCGGACGAGUCGGUCGUAAUGUCACCCUGCUCGAAAACAAGAUCUGGGAAAUACGAGAUACGAGAUGCGAAAUCCUCGCUUCUUCGACGUCCACCGGAACUCUCGGCUCCCGACUCGAGUACAGGCGGCCUAUGCAGCGAAGAUCUUCGCCGCACGACGAAGGACGACACCUCGGGCCGAAUCGAGACCACCCUCGAUGCCAACGACGGCUGCAUAAUACAAAAGCCUACGAGGAUAAGCUCCCAAGCUUAUUCGUAGCCGAUCCCAUCACGGUUCCAGUCAUCGACAGCACCAAACUCCUUGCGGGCGUCGGGAAUGUAGUCCCUACAAGCGCUGCGGCCUGUGCGUGUGCCGUGAGUACUGGGUUCCAAACCACCUCUUAUGUAGAGGAGUAG